UGAGGUGGGGCGCUCGAGGGGGCUCAUUUGGUGGAGAGCAGCCGUGUUAGACCUGCUGCCGCUCGCUGUGUCGCUGCCUGACAGCUGAAGCUGGCCGUGGGUUUCUCUCCCGCCCCCUCGAUGGAGCGGGUUUAUUUAUUGCAGCUGAGAGAAGGGUAUUUUCCAGGCUGGGCUGGAGGCUGCUGAGAAGGAAACUGCUGUGCUCUGGACUCUGCCUGGCAUUUCAGCCUGUGACUCAGCAGGCUGUGCAGCUGCCCUGCUUGGGAAUCGGGCUCUGCUCUGGGGAGGAGACCCCCCCCCCCGCCCCACUCUGCUCUGCUCUGGUGGCUGAGAAGAUAAUAGCCUGAUCUGGGCCUUCCUCUCAGCACAGCUCCGGGACCACCAGGCCUGCGCACGGACUCCGCUUGCUGUGGCAUUGGCAGGCACUGACGCCACCCAGGGCCCACUGAAGCGGCAGUGAGCGCCUGGGAACAUGUCCCACGAGAAGAGCUUCCUGGUGUCGGGCGAUGGCUUCCCCACUCCAAGCCCUGCCUUCCCUGGGCAGCAGCCUCCUGCCCCGCCAGCCUACGCACAGCCCCCCUACCCGGCAGCACCCUAUCCACAGCCCCAGUUCCAGCCAGGACCUUACAACCAGCCGGGCUUUCCGCAGGGCCCGUACCCUCAAGGGCCUGGGCCGUACCCACCGGCCCCGUAUGCUCAGGGGCCAUAUCCACCGGCAGGCGUGUAUCCUCAGGGGCCAUAUAUGCAGCCGCCAUACGCCCAGCCACAGCCCAUAGUCUCAGAGGACCAAGGCUCUCCGCUGCACAGUAACUACCAUGAGGACGGGCCGCCCUCGUACUACGACAACCAGGACUUCCCCAUCACCCACUGGGACGACAAGAGCAUCCGCCAGGCCUUCAUCCGCAAGGUGUUCCUGGUGCUGACCGUCCAGCUGAGCGUGACCUUGGCCUUCGUGGCCAUCUUCACCUUUGUGAAGGGCAUGAAGGGCUUUGUGAGGCGCAACGUCUGGAUGUACUACGUCUCCUACGCCGUCUUCUUCAUCUCGCUGAUCGUGCUGAGCUGCUGUGGGGAGUUCCGCCGCAAGUACCCCUGGAACCUGGUCGCCCUGUCCAUCCUGACUGUCAGCCUCUCCUACAUGGUGGGGAUGAUCGCCAGCUUCUAUGAAACGGACGCCGUCAUCAUGGCCGUGGGCAUCACGGCCAUCGUCUGCUUCACCGUUGUCCUCUUCUCCCUGCAGACCAAGUAUGACUUCACCUCCUGCCGGGGCGUGCUGAUCGUCUGCCUGGUGGUGCUGAUCCUCUUCUCCAUCCUGUGCAUCUUCAUCCGGAACCGCAUCAUGGACAUCGUCUACGCCUCGCUGGGAGCCCUGCUCUUCACCUGUUUCCUAGCGGUGGACACUCAGAUGCUCCUGGGGAACAAGCAGCUGGCCCUGAGCCCGGAGGAGUACGUCUUCGCCGCCCUCAACCUCUACACGGAUAUUAUCCAGAUCUUCCUCUACAUCCUGGCCAUCAUCGGCCGGGCCAAGGACUAGCACGCGCACGUCCGCUGCUGUGGAGAGUAGGGUAACCUCCUGCCCCUGUGCCAGCCUCAGCUCACUGUGUCACUGCCCCCGCCCCCAGCCCUGCUCCCCCAUAGCCAUUUGGUGUGGUGUUGGUUCUCGUGUUCUAGUUAGUUUGACCCAUGGUCCCCUCACCAGCUCUUCGGGAAGGACAGUGGGGCUGGGGGCAGCUGAGCUGCAGUGGGCUCAUGGUUUUGGAAGGACCUGCCCUGGGCCAUCCUGGGGUGGGGGACACUCUCCAUCCUUCGGCUGCCUGUGCUGCGUGGGGCCGAGCGCACAGGGGGCAGUGCGGGGGGGUGUAAAUCGCUUUGCUCUGCACCAUGUCAGGAGCUGCUGUCUUGCUUCAGGGAAUGUCGCUGCCUGGUUGUGUCCCAAGCAUGCUGCUCCCGCCCUCUGGCAGCCCCCAUCCUCCACCACGGAGGUGCCCAGCUCCCUGGCAGCCAGGGGCAGCUCCUCUCAGCUGUCACUAGCCAGCUGUGUCCCCAGCCUCCCAGCGGUGAAUGGAUUGAACCCCCCCCCGCCCUGCCCCCAGGGAGCUCUCUGGCCCCAGGCGCUGCACUCUAGUGGCAGUGCUGCCUCACGCAGGCAGAUCAGGCCUUUAGUGAGCUGACCCCGGAGAGCUUCAAAGGCAGGCUCCAUUAGCGCCUGGCCCUGGAGAUCUGGCAUGCUGGGCGGUGCCUCUGAAGCGCAGCCCCCACCGGGCCUGGCAGCACCUGCCUGCAUUCCCUGCAGUUGGUCAUGAAGAUGUUGGAGACCCUGAGCCGGUGGUGGUGGCUGCUCCCUGGAGUGCCCUGGUGUGCAGCCCCCUUGAGACUGCUUCCCGAGGCGCUAUGCGUGGCUGGCCCGGGGCUGAGCACAGGGAUCUGCCCAGUUCCCCUCCCACGAGCACCUGGUCACAGCCCUGCCUUCCCUUUCCAUGCAGCCCAGCUCCCCCCUGCUCCGGGCGCCGGAGGGCUGGGUCCCGGGGGCCCUGUUGUUCUGUAUGUGACUGGCUGCUGCUGUUAAUAAAGCUCUGUUUAGAUGUGAGACCAGCGCCUGUCCAGACUCUCCUUUCCCCGGCCCAGCCCUCUCCUGGGGCGCCCCCUGCAGGAGCAGCAUCUGUGCUGCCCCUGCCCAGGGGCCUGGCUAAGCAAGGAGAGACCUGGGUGAGGCUCGCCCUGCCUGGGCCUGCGGAGCAGCGCUGGCGCCCCCUGCUGGGCAGCCCAGAGACAGCUUCGCCAUCCCCUCCACACCCCAAUCCCUGGGGCCAGCGGGCUGCAUUCCUGGAGCUGUGCAGGCCUCUCCCGCCCCCUGGGCCAGCUCCCUCGGCAGCUAGACACUGAAGAGAGCAAGGGGCUGGCUGAGGAGGUUCUCGGCCUAUAGCAGGGUUACUAGCCCUUGGGCUCCGGGCACCUCUGGGCCGGGCGAGAGGACUUGUGUCUGCCCCACGCACCUGGGGCAAUCACGGGGCUAGUGGGGGCCUUCUGCACUGUCUGGGCCCGGGUGUGCUACGUGAUGCAGCCAGCGGAGAGGGAUCGAUCCCAGAGCCCCUCCCGCCCCCUGGAGCAAGGAAGGCCCUGACAGACCCUGGGGCCAUGUAGGGGCAGGGGUAUAAAGCCAUCUCUGUCCCAGCAGCCCCCAGGCCCUGACCACACAUACAGUCUCCAGGUAGCACAGGCGGGCCGUGAGCACUGCUGAGCUGCCUGGACUCCAGGGGCAGGAGGUUCUGGGGUGUGGCCCUUGCACUGCUGCAUGCUGCCUGGCUGUCCCUGUGCCCUGAGCCCAGUGCCACUCCGCACUCAGCUGUAUAAACAGGAUGUCCUAAUAAAGUGAGAAUGUACCAAG